AUGGAUCGUUUUAUCCCAAAGCAAGAAGAUACUAAAGAUUAUGUUGCUUUAAGAUCAUUUAAAUUUGAAUGGCUUAGCCAGUUUUCUUGGUUAGCUUAUUUUAGCAAAGAAGAUGAAGCUUACUGUCUUCCUUGUACUUUGCUAGGUGCUAGUAUUCAAAAUAAGUCUGGAAUAUUAAAUUUAGUUUUCAAGCCCCAUCAAGAGUGGGUUAAUGCUGUUCGUGAUUAUAGAAAACAUGAGGAAAAUUGUGUUUUACAUGAAAAAUCUAUGCUUUCAUUUAAUGCAUUGCUUUCAAGUUGCAAAUCCAAAAGUAAUGUUAUUGAGGUUGAUUUAAAUAAUUCUCGUUUAAACGAUCUAGCAUUUCGUGGACAUCGUGAUGAUAGCAAAUAUCAUCCUGAUAUUGGGGAAUCUUCUACACAAAAAGUUGGAGUCGGUAACUUCAUAGAGCUUUUAAAUUUUCGUGUUAAUGCUGGUGAUCAAACUGGUACAUCUGGUCUUAGUCUAUCUCUAAAUGUACUUAAUGCACUUCAAGAGUUUGGACUUGAUAUUCAAAAUUGUAGAGGCCAAGGGUAUGACAGUGCAGGUUGUAUGGCAGGUGAGUAUAAAGGAGUUGCUUCUCGAAUAAAAGCUCUUAAUCGUGAAGCUAUAUUUUUUCAUUGUGCAAGCCAUAGACUUAGUUUAGUAGUAGCAGCUGCAUGCCAAGUUCAAAAAAGGAGAUGGGCUUAA